UACUGAUUCACCGGUAAUCCAUGACAUUCUCAUAAAUCUGCCAGUACAUAAAUUAACAUGAAUACGAUUUUAAAUGAGCAGCGUGACAGAAUUAUGGGGCAUUACGUGUCUCUUUGUUUUACGAGUUUUAUGAGAUACAACAGAUGCAGAUUAUAUAUAGUAGAAAUUUACUAUUUUAUUGAAAGACUUUUUCCUAAGUGAUUAAUUUCUUACGUUUUUAUAAAUUACUGCUAAUAAAUAAUAAAACUGCAACAUUUUCUAAUCUCGUGAUUUUAAAAUAUCUCAGUAUUGAAAUAUACUAUAUAAAAUACGUUAAAAAUGUAAAAUAAACAGAUACAUUUUCUAUAAAAAAAUGUUAUUAAUAAUUUUACACGUUCAAAAAAAUAUAUAUAUCAAUAUAUGCAAUAUCCUAAUGUCCACGAAAUUGUUCAAUUGCAUAUAUUGUACUGAUAAAAACAGUAGAAAUAGUAAUUUGUCAGAAUAUUGUUUUAACAUUGAAUUAUAUAUUAUAUAAGUUACAGCUGGCGCACAUUUUAGUAUAAAUAUAUAGUGAACUUAACAAACUAGAUCAAGUGCAAAAGUAAGUAUUGACAGUAUUUAAAAAGUUUAAAAUUUAAAUUUAUUAUUUUUAAAUGAUUUUUUAGAGGAUUUUACUAUCUGCAUUCUUACAAAUAGUUGUAAAAAUUUGUUUUUACAUGUGUGUCAUCUUUUGUCUCUAUUAUCAAUAUUAUAAACAUUUAUAUGACAUGGUUAAAAUAUUUAAUUAAUUUUGAAUAAUUGCAUUUGUGCUAUACCAUUUGACAAUAAUCGUUUAAUAACCAUUUUCUUAUAAUUUUUCGAACGUGUUCCUAGCAUUAUUCCUGUAUAAUCAACUCUAGGAAGAGUAUCUCCGACGUUUGACAAGUGUGCUUUUACACGCAGUAAAGUAAACAGGGCGAUAUAAGAUAACGGAAUGUCUCAUAAAUUUAACGGUGCAUAAAUUAGCAACACGGCUUUUUAUAUUCUGUGCGCCGAAAAAGAUUCGAAGUUUGGUAUAUUCAGAAAUCCUCUUUGUUUAGUUAGAGCUUAAAGCCACAAUGAUAAGUUACAUUUUUCGACAAUUUUUUACUAUUGUGAUAAUAUAUGUAAUUGCGGUUGACGGAGCGUCCAAUGAGGAUGAGGACCUCGACAUUUUUCUACGUGUUUAUAUCGGGGCUACUAUAAACGAAUAUGUCGAUUAUUCGUUGGAAAAUGCUAGCGCAAUCACAUCUCGAGUAAUUAACAGUAAGCCAACAGUAAUGUAUAUCCAUGGUUUCACGGAACAUUUGGAGAAAGAGAGCGUACGAACAAUAGUACAAGCUUACUUGAAGAGAAGUGAUCAUAAUAUUAUCGGGGUGGAUUACCGUAAAUUGGCAAACGAAUCAUACUUAAAAGUAGCAAGAAAUGCUCCUCGCGUUGCAAAUGUUCUCGUGACGUUUCUCGAUAAGAUGGUCAAAUCGAAUUUUGAUACAGAAAAGUUGCAUAUCGUUGGACAUUCCAUGGGCAGUCAAAUCGCAGGCUAUGUCGGCAGAAAAGUCAACUUCCAGAUUCCUAGAAUUACAGGUCUUGAUCCUGCCGGUCCCCUUUACAACAUGCUUCAGCCGAGUCUUUCAUUCUCUGAUGCUCGUUUUGUGGACAUUAUACAUACGGAUUAUGGAUUUUAUGGCAUUGCCAAGACUACAGGCACAGUAGAUUUUUUUCCAAACGGCGGUGAACGCAUACAACCUGGUUGUCCGAAUCGUCCUGUAUUUUUUAGUCCAGAUGAUUUCUGCAGCCAUCAUCGUUCAUGGAAAUUCUAUGCCGAGUCUCUGAUCUACGAAUCUGCCUUUUUGGGUGUACAAUGUGCCUUAUUACCUCACAUGGUCUUCGGCGAAUGUAGUAAUAAUACGCAGAUCAUCAUGGGAUACGCCACUCCGAGCAGCGCGCGAGGAACUGUCUAUCUUGUGACAGAUGAAAAAAGUCCUUUCGGAUUGAAGGAGCGAGGACUCUCACCGAAUUGAUCACGCUAUGUUGAAAAUCUCAAUAAAAGGAUAUCGCAAAUUUCUAGAACAAAAAAAUAUUAAUUCUCUUACUAGUAUAAAAGAAAAAAACUAUAGAAAAAGAAUUUAUCAGUCUUCCUCAGCGACGCGAAUAUAUUAUCAUGCUAUAUUCAUUGUAUUAAUGGACGAUCGAACGCAACGUCUUACUUUAUUUCUCGUAAUAACCGAGUCAUCGUUGAAUAUUAUACAACGCAUAUCCCAACGUCUUCUAACUUCCCCUCAUGCAUUAAUAAUGUUACCAUUAAUUCAAUAAUGGCGAUUGUUACAUUACUGGUACGUUUCGUAAUACAUAUUUGCAAUUUAAGUUUAUUUAAAUCUAUUAAAUAAAAUUUUAAAAAAUUAAUGAUUAAGCUUCCAGUCCCCAAGAGGUCUAAGAUAAUAAAUUUUUGAAGAACUUACAGUAUACUAUAAUUCUUUAAAAAUCAGAAAUCCACUAAGCUGUAAAAAAAACCAGAAAAAAUUUAAAACUUUUAAUAAAUGUAUCCUAAUAUUCUGUUUCUAAGAAACAGAACAUUAAAAUUCUGUGAAAGUAAUUGCAACAAAGUGAUCAAAAUUUGGCUUUUUCCAAUC